AUGGAAUCAGUGAUCACGGAUUUCAAUGAAAACGGGUUCUCUAUUCUGCACGGCAUUUUGGCUUCGGAGACACUUGAAGCCGUCAAGCAUGAAUGUAAAACGUUAGUCGAUGCACUCGCCUCACAACGGCAAACAGAAGGAAAACUGGCGAACAUGUAUCCCGAUGCCGAUUUUGAAACCCGCCUGAUUCGGCUCUAUGAAAAUUACCCAGAUGAAAACCCGACUAUUUUUCGACCGGAACUACAUCGUGAAGGGUUUUUCGGCGUGUUUGCGCACUCUAUCCUACUUGAACUUGCCGGUGUUAUCUUAGGUCCAGAGAUCCGAUUGUACCCGAACUAUUCCGUCCGCCCAAAACUACCUGAGAACAAACGAACGGAGGUGUUGUGGCAUCAAGACGCAGGCUACACUUCAAAGGAAGCCGAUGUGUUGCGGAUGAUGAACGUUUGGGCACCGUUAGUGCCGGUUAACAUCGAAAACGGGUGCAUGGAAUUCAUUCCGGGGAGUCACAAGUGGGGUGUCGUGCCGCACGAAAAAGACGAAUACUACCUACGCAUCCACGAUGAUUAUAUCAAGCCUGUUGAAGCGGAUGCUGUAUCCAUUGAAAUUUUGCCGGGGGAUGUCGUCAUUUUUAGUAACCUACUAUUUCACCGUGGACUACCAAACCGCGCUCAACAUGUCCGAUGGAGCCUUGAUUUCCGAUAUCAAGAUGCCACACAACCGACGCUCCGGACAACACAAGGGCAUCUACUCAGAUCGCAAAGGACACCAGAAGCGGUUGUAAAAGAUGCUAAAGCGUGGGCACAACUUGAAUUCCAGUAA